GUGCUGCUAUGGCUUCCAGUGGGGCCGGCGUGAUCACUGCGGGCUUGGCAAAUGAAGCUCCUGAAAUCCCAGACAACGUGGGAGACUGGCUUUGGGGCGUCUACUGCUUCGCCACUGAUAGGAAUGACUUCUGCAGGAACUUGAUCCUCAAUUUGGGACUCUUUGCUGCCAGAGUUUGGCUGGCCAGGAAUUUGAGUGACAUUGACCUAAUGGCACCUCAGCCUGGGGUGUAGCCGUAAAGACACAUGGAACCCCUGUGCUGUACUCGAACCUUCCAAAAACAGAGCCUCCAAUCUGUGACCGUCACAAGACUUGCCCUGAUGGCGGCUGAAGUUUGAUUCAGAUGGGCACCUUUCCUUCCCUGCUUGAUUUCCUUUUCUUUGCUGAGUCCACUCAGAACACCCUUCUCUGGUCAGCAGGUAGGGUUCGGCUAAAGUGUUGUCCUGUGUUCUGUAAAGUUCUGUAUAUAGUUCCAAAGUUUCUGCAGGGAAUGAUCUUUGCUCUUGUCCUGAGGAAUAUUCUAAUGGUAUUUUAACAAAUAAAGACU